AGACCUGGAGAGAGGGAGACCGUGACAGAGAAUGUGUGUCUGUGUGGAGAGGAAGAGUGACAGAAAGGCAGAGACAGAGAGACUGAGGGUGACAAAGCUGUCAUGGUAACAAAGUGCGGUGAGAGGCCCCAAAAUCGGCUGUGCACACCCUGCGUAAGGGUCCUCUUCUCCAUUUUCUUCCGCCGCCAAAAUCGUACUUCUCAGGAACCCCAGAAAUGUCCCGAAAGUUCUGAAGGGGGGCGGGACGCCCGCCGUGAUUGGUCGGAGUUGCUUUUGGGUAGGACCUGGACCCCUAAAAGCCUCCCUCACGGCGCGAAAUCACUGGAAAAUUCCCGAGCAAGGUGGGGGAGGGAAAGAGAAGGGAACACCGCCCCAGGAACGCUGUGAUUGGCUGACACAUGCGGAAAAGAAUAGGUCCUUGGGAGAAUAAAUAAAUACGGAGCAUUGCAGCAGCUUCUGACAGCCUGCGAACUGGAGUAACUGCGCCACUGAAACUUCCGAUCUCUGGAACACAGAGGCUCCGAAACCUUGGUGAGACGGCCAUAAUUUAAGCCUUCUGGAAAAUCCCCAGUAAAGGCGUAUUUUUCCCAAGGCUCUCCCGCAAGAGGAACCUGUUCCGUGAGGACUGUCCUUGCAGUUUUCUGGACUGAGCUUCCAGAAUCAGAAUUGUGGAGACAUUUUCCAGGAUGUCAUCGGCCAAAGGUACCGCCAUCGGCAUCGAUCUGGGCACCACCUACUCCUGCGUGGGAGUGUUCCAGCAUGGCAAGGUGGAGAUCAUCGCCAAUGACCAGGGCAACCGAACCACCCCCAGCUAUGUGGCCUUCACAGACACAGAGAGACUCAUUGGAGAUGCAGCCAAAAACCAGGUGGCCAUGAAUCCUCAGAACACAGUCUUUGACGCCAAAAGGCUGAUCGGCCGUAAAUUUGGAGAUUCGGUGGUCCAGUCGGACAUGAAGCACUGGCCCUUCCAGGUGAUAAACGAUGGGGGUAAGCCUAAAGUUCAAGUGUCCUACAAAGGGGAAAACAAGGCCUUCUAUCCUGAAGAGAUCUCCUCCAUGGUGUUGACCAAAAUGAAGGAGACUGCUGAGGCCUACUUGGGUCAUGCGGUCACCAAUGCAGUCAUCACUGUCCCGGCCUAUUUCAAUGACUCUCAACGCCAGGCCACCAAGGAUGCUGGAGUGAUCGCUGGCCUGAACGUGCUGAGGAUCAUCAAUGAACCGACAGCAGCUGCCAUUGCCUAUGGACUAGAUAAAGCUAGUCAGGGAGAGAGACAUGUGCUGAUCUUUGAUCUGGGUGGGGGCACUUUUGAUGUCUCCAUCCUUACCAUUGAUGACGGGAUUUUUGAGGUGAAAUCCACUGCAGGAGACACCCACCUGGGUGGGGAGGACUUUGAUAAUCGACUAGUAAACCACUUUGUUGAGGAAUUCAAGCGAAAACAUAAGAAAGAUAUUAGCCAGAACAAGCGUGCUGUGAGAAGACUUCGAACAGCCUGUGAAAGAGCUAAGAGAACCCUGUCUUCCAGCACCCAAGCCAAUCUUGAAAUUGACUCCUUGUUUGAAGGCAUUGACUUUUAUACUUCUGUCACUAGGGCAAGGUUUGAAGAGCUGUGCUCGGAUCUGUUCCGGGGUACCCUGGAGCCCGUAGAGAAAGCCCUGCGAGAUGCCAAGAUGGACAAAGCCAAAAUUAACGACGUCGUCCUUGUGGGUGGCUCCACCCGAAUCCCCAAAGUACAGAAACUUCUGCAGGAUUUCUUCAAUGGCAGAGACCUGAACAAGAGUAUCAACCCUGAUGAGGCUGUAGCCUAUGGAGCAGCAGUGCAGGCAGCCAUUCUGAUGGGUGAUAAAUCAGAGAAAGUGCAGGACCUGUUGCUGUUGGAUGUGGCUCCCCUUUCCCUGGGGCUGGAGACAGCAGGAGGUGUGAUGACAGCACUGAUCAAACGCAACUCCACCAUCCCCACCAAACAGACCCAGAUCUUUACCACCUAUUCUGACAACCAGCCGGGUGUACUGAUCCAGGUAUAUGAGGGAGAACGGGCCAUGACCAAGGACAACAACCUGCUGGGCCGUUUUGACCUGAGUGGCAUUCCUCCUGCUCCCCGUGGUGUCCCCCAGAUUGAGGUAACCUUUGAUAUUGAUGCCAAUGGAAUUCUGAAUGUCACCGCUAUGGAUAAGAGCACAGGCAAAGCCAACAAGAUCACCAUCACUAAUGAUAAAGGUCGCCUGAGCAAGGAAGAAAUUGAGCGAAUGGUGCGUGAUGCAGAAAAAUAUAAAUCAGAAGAUGAGGCCCAGAGGGAGAAAGUUGCAGCUAAAAAUGCUCUGGAAUCUUAUGCUUUCAACAUGAAAAGUGCAGUGGAAGAUGAAGGUCUGAAAGGCAAGAUUAGUGAGGAAGACAAGAGAAAAGUGCUGGAGAAAUGCCAAGAGGCUAUCUCUUGGCUUGAUGCCAACCAGCUGGCUGAAAAAGAAGAGUUUGAGCAUAAGAGAAAGGAAUUGGAGCAGGUGUGUAACCCUAUUAUUACUGGCCUUUACCAGGGAGCUGGUGGUCCUUCGGGGGAAAGUUGUGGGGCUCAGUCCCAGCAUUCAAGCUCUGGAACAGGCCCCACUAUUGAAGAGGUGGAUUAAUUGUAUUUUCUUCCACCACUUGACUAUGUUACACUUUGAGCUUCUGGGAAUUUGGGUGAUCUUUCCUUCCAUUAUGAUUUUGCUCUUUUAAAUUCCCUAUCAUGCUUAUAUAAUAAUUGUGAGAUAGUAUAGACCUCUGUCCUUUUAAUGUUUUCAUUUUUAGUUUUUUUCCCUGAGCUUGGGAGUGAAUUAAUAUUGUUAUGCACUUGUUCAUAACUCAUUUAUUUUUAUUUUCAGUAGUAAAUGACUUAGAAAAUAGUAAAAAUAAAUAGUAAAAAUAAAAAUUCAAAAUGAAUCAUUAGUGUCUUUUUUUUUGGGGGGGGUGGUCCUACUUUUGCCUAAAUAGUAAUUUGUUUUGAUUAAAGGUUUAGAUGAAAUGGCAAUGGGAUUAUGUAAAACAUGAUUUUCACUAAGUAGAGAAAACCAUGAUUUUUCUGAGAGAAGGGUAUAAUGAAUUUGGUGAGUGGAAGGUGCCUGGUUUGUGGGUGGGUUAGUGAGAUAAAUCAGGGUUUGGAAGAAGGAGGGAGAGCUAAGGGAAACACCUUUGAAUUCUGAGAAGGAAAUGGGAUUUUUGCUGAUAAAAGACUUUGGGUUUUUAAAAAAGGGGGCAAGAGUGUUUUUAGAUCUGUUCACUGAAUGAUUACAGUGUACAGAGCCCUAGGAUUUUAAAGGUGAGGCCCCUUUUCUUACUUGGUCCUGUAUCUUAGUUUUCCUUUAAUAGAGGUAUUCUAAGAAAUAGUAGGUAAUAUAUAGAUUGUAAUAAAACUUGGUCUGGGAGUUGAGGGUAUAGGUAAAUGCUGUAGUUGGGAAUAACCUUUAAGAUUGAAGAGAGUAUAGGGAUAGGGCUUGAGGGUAUGAGCAGUGGAUUCAUGAGAAUAAUUGUUGAACUGAGGGGUUGAAGGUUCAGGAACUACAAGAAUGGCCUUCAAUCACUGACAAAACACUAAAAACCCAAGGGAAGUAAUACUCUACCAACAUGGGACCCAGAACCACAGGAACACAGACAAAAAAUUCCUCUCAACUUACCCCAUCCCUGGUAUCGGAUUUUCUAGCAAGUGAUAAGUUCUGUCAAAAGACCCAGAAAGGAAGAUGUUAUUAAGUUCCUAAAGAACAAAAACUAUAUUGUGGAUUUAGAGCUUGCAAGGGAACUUAAAAGCUAGUUUAUUCAAUUGCAUGCCUAUUACACAGCAGAGCUAGAAUUUCAACUCCCAUUCUUUUACUUUGCAUCACAAUUUCUUUUGUUAAACUAUAAGAAUACAGGAUACAAUCCUGGAGAGAGGAACUUCAUUUAUCAAGGGAUGACAAGAAGUAUCUCUAUCAAGUUUCUAGCUGAAAAGACAGAAUUAGGCAUAUUAUUAUUUGGGAAACUGGGAUAGAAAUUGUCAGUUGUCUUGAGUAGGAAUGAUUCUUAAAUUGGGAAAUGGGGAGCUGAAGCUUCCACUGUACCUAUAGCUAAGAUCCCAACCAGAUGAUAAUGAGGGGAAAGCACAAUCCUUAUUACAAGUUAGGCCAGAUCAAGUUGAGGACUGUGCCUAUCAAGGCCUUCAUAAUUUUCAAUUCCCAUCUUAUUUUGCAGGAAAAAUCUGAGCAUUCCUGUGGGGAAAAAAAUGUAUGUUUUUGGUUGCAUUCCUAGUGUGUGUCCUUGUGUCUAUGUUGAUAAGUUGUCCCUGCUUGUUACUAGUGGUUAUUUUUCCUCAAUUCCUUAAUAUGUAGAUGUUUAUUUCCAGGGUCAAGUUCAUUUAAAACUUUAAAGUCCUUUAAUUCAAAAAAGUUUAGAAAAAUCUUUGUUUCUGGAGAUAGAAUUAUUUAGUUGAAUAAAACAUGGAGUACUGAAUAUUAUAUUUCAAUGUCAUUACUAAGUCAUAUAAAAUAUCUAUAGAUUGUAUAGACUUCUGUACUAAGUACCAUGGAGGAAUGGACCAAAAAAAAAAAAAAA